GUCAAGAAGGAGGCGGAAGAAGUUUUUAUUCCGUCAGGAGCUAGUCGUCUUCUUUGGGACCGUUGUUAUUACCUGUUACUCGCCUGGUUUGGUUUCUCUUUUUCCUCUUCGAGCUUUUUCCACGCCUAACAUGGAUCCCGUAGGACUCGCUGCCGUCGUCCCUGCCGCUGAGGCCAGCCCUCGACCAACGUGGCCGCAAAGCAAGUGCCCAUGGGGAACUCCUAACAGUGCUACGAUAUCAUGUUCUCUUGCUGAUGUCAUGAGUGAGCAACUAGCAAAGGAACUGCAACUAGAAGAAGAAAGUUCUGUUUUUCCAGAAGUUGUAUCAGUUGUUGAAGGACCAUUCAUCUCAGGGGAGAACACUGAUACUUCAAGUGACUUGAUGUUGGCACAAAUGCUGCAGAUGGAGUUUGAUAGAGAGUAUGAUGCACAACUUCGCCGUGAAGAGAAAAAGUUCAAUGGGGACAGCAAAGUGUCCAUAUCUUUUGAGAAUUACCGAAAAGUGCAUCCAUUUGAAGACACGGACAGCUCUGAAGAUGAGGUUGAUUGGCAGGAUACUCGUCAUGAUCCAUACAGAGCAGAUAAGCCAACAACAACACCAAAAAAAGGCUUUGUUGGAAAAGGAAAAGAUAUAACUACCAAACACGAUGAGAUUGUGUGUGGACGAAAGAACACUGCACGGAUGGAAAAUUUUGCACCUGAAUUCCAAGUUGGUGAUGGAAUUGGGAUGGACCUAAAACUAUCCAAUCAUGUUUUCAAUGCCUUAAAGCAGCAUGCAUACUCUGAGGAACGUCGAAGUGCCAGACUCCAUGAGAAAAAGGAACACUCUACUGCUGAGAAAGCAGUAGAUCCAAAAACACGUUUACUUUUGUAUAAGAUGGUUAAUUCUGGGAUGCUAGAAACCAUUACUGGCUGCAUAAGUACAGGGAAAGAAUCCGUGGUAUUCCAUGCCUAUGGAGGAAGUUUAGGUGAGGAUGCCAAACCAGUACCUUCUGAAUGUGCCAUAAAGGUGUUUAAAACAACUCUUAAUGAAUUUAAGAAUCGUGAUAAGUAUAUUAAGGAUGACUAUAGAUUUAAAGAUCGCUUCAGCAAACUCAAUCCACGAAAGAUAAUCCGCAUGUGGGCUGAAAAAGAAAUGCACAAUUUAACAAGAAUGCAGAAGGCAGGGAUUCCUUGUCCACAAGUGGUUAGCCUUAAAAAACAUGUCUUGGUCAUGUCCUUCAUCGGUCAGGAUCAAGUCCCAGCUCCUAAACUAAAAGAAGUAAAACUCGGUAAUGAAGAUAUGAAACAGGCCUACAAUCAAGUUCUUCAUAUGAUGCAGCAAUUAUAUAAAGAAUGUGGUUUGGUGCAUGCUGACCUGAGUGAGUACAACAUGCUGUGGCAUAAGGGACAGGUCUGGUUAAUUGAUGUUAGUCAGUCUGUAGAGCCAACUCAUCCUCAUGGACUUGAAUUCUUGUUUAGAGACUGUAGGAAUGUUUCACAGUUCUUCCAGAAGGGCGGUGUAUCUGAAGCACUCAAUGAACGAGAGCUGUUCAAUGCUGUCUCAGGCUUAAAUUUUGCAGCUGACAAUGAGGUGGACUUCAUAGCAGAGAUUGAAGCUUUGGAGAAGAUAAAUGAAGAUCAUGUACAGAAACAUGCGAAAAAAGUAUCUUCAUUCCCAAAUGAUGAUGGGAGUCCACCAACACUUUGCAACAAAUAGCAUUUGAGCUGAACUGAAGUGUGUUUUUCCUUCCUGCAUCUCAGUUCUGAGGCAGUAAUUGAAUGUUAGCUGCCAAUGGCAACAGAAUUUGUGGUCAACUCAGAAAGCUGUAAAUGAAACUUCAGGGCAUAUGUAUUGGUGCUUUUGUGUGUGUGUGUUUUUUUUUUAAAAAAGGAAAGCCCAUGAGUUAGUCCACUGAGACAAAGCACAUAGCUCUGUGUAAAAUUUACUUUCCAUUGGCAAUCUGACAACUUAUUUCCGUCAGUUUCAUUGCAGGAGAGUUAAAUAUGUGCUAUUUAAACAUUUACAUUUUCUAAAAUAACAUCACAAUUUCAGAUUAAAGUCUUAGAUGGAAGUGCUUAAGACUGAUGAAUGCUCUUUUCCCUGUAUAGUAUUAUACCUAACAGGAAGAGAGAAAAUAAUUUUCUGUCCUUAAUAUCUGCACAUAUGCUUAAGGAAAGGGUGAAUGGUUCUAAUACAUGAAAUAUGUGAGUUGCUAUCAAAUGUUACUAUUUUUUUCAAAAACUCAGUAUGACAUUCUUAAUACUUGGUAAGUGAAAUUUGUAUUGAUCACUAAAAUAGCCACAAAAUUUACAUAUUAUGAUUUUUUACAGAAAGUUAAAAAUAACUAGUCUGUAAAUUGAAUCUUAAACAUUAAGGCCAUAAUAUAGGUUUUCAAAAAGUAAUUAUUAUUAGAUACCAAUAAAUAUUUGGUAUUUUCUUUCUUAGUGAUUAAGUGGAAGAUAGCUCAGAUCCUUAGAAAUAGAUACCUUUAAACAAGAAUAUUACGUUUCAAUCACAUAAAAUGAAUGAGAGAACACAUAGCAGAAGGAGCUCUCUUAAUUUUAUACUAGCUAGAUAUUCCAUAUUUGUAGAAAAGUUUUUAGAGGGGAUUUAGAAAACAACUCUUGUAUUUAAGAGUAUGCAUGUAACAUAACUUCCUGACAGUGAAGUUAAUUCAUAUUACUCAAAGCAAAAAUCAGCACAAGCAAGGGCUUGUUCUUGGGACAUGUGUAUAAUAAAAGACUAGUUACAUUCUAGUAACGAAUGUGCCUGUACAUCUUAUUUGGAGUAAUACAGUGUUCCUCACAAGCUGCAUUGUUUUUUUAAUAGCUGAUUUAAUUCUUCGGAUGUACUUGUGACUAUAUUAUCUGUUUUGUUUAGAUCAGUAUAAAGUUAAUUUACUGAUACAGGUUUUGAAGAUGAAUGGACUUGGCGGGUGAAACUUGGGUCACCUUUUCCUUGGCUUUCUUUUAAAUUUCUCCAUGAUGUUGUAGUGAGACACUUGCUAUGUGAUGUUCUCAUAGUGGCCUGUUUUGCACUCCAUGCAAAUAUGGGAUGGGAAAUAAACAUGUCAGAUCAUU